GAUUUCCCGUACCCAAACGUUUGCCUGAUGGAGGAGAAGGUUGCGAGGAAGAGGAAGAUGCCUCAGGACCCCCAAGGAGGUGAGGAGGAAGUAGGAAAUCCCCAGCGACACCACAGGAGGAGUGACUGCAAGCCCAGCGCAGGAUGCUCUGAGGAGGAAAGACCCACCCUGGGCCAGGAAGGUGGUCAGAGCUUCAGCCAGAGCUCGGAGCUGGUCGUCCCUGAGCAGCAUCAUGAUGGGGAGAAGCCCUACAAGUGCUUGGAGUGUGGGAAGAGCUUCAGGCAGAGCAACAAUCUGAAACGACACCUGAUGAUCCACACCAGGGAAUGGCCCUACGAGUGUGGGGAGUGUGGGAAGGGAUUCAGCUGCAGCUCCCACCUUAUCACCCACCAACGCAUCCACACUGGGGAGAGGCCCUAUGAAUGUCCCAAGUGUCAGAAGAGGUUUCACACCAGCUCUGAUCUCCUCUGCCACCAGCAGAUUCACACAGAGGAGAGGCCCUUUCAAUGCCCCGACUGCAGGAAGAGCUUCAAGCGCAACUUCCACCUCAUCAGACACAAGCGCAUCCACACUGUGGAGAGGCCCUAUGAGUGCCUCACAUGUGGGAAACUAUUUCAGACCAGCUCAAAUCUCCUCCAGCAUGAGCAGAUUCACACGGAUGAGAGGCCCUACUGCUGCCCCAACUGUGGGAGGAGCUUCCAGCACAACUCAACCCUUGUCAGGCACCAGUGCAUCCAUACCAGGGAGAGGCCAUACUUGUGUCCCCAGUGUGGGAAGAGCUUCACCCAGAGCUCUGACUUGACCAAACACCAACGGAGCCAUGAUGGGGAGAAGCCCUACAAGUGCUUGGAGUGUGGGAAGAGCUUCAGCCAGAGCAAAAAUCUGAAACUACACCAGAUGAUCCACACAGGGGAAUGGGCCUAUGAGUGUGGGAAGUGUGGGAAGGGCUUCAGCUGCAACUCCCACCUUGUCAGGCACUUACACAUCCACACUGGGGAGAGGCCCUACGAGUGUGGGGAGUGUGGGAAGGGAUUCAGCUGCAGCUCCAACCUUGUCAGGCACUUACACAUCCACACUGGGGAGAGGCCCUACAAGUGUGGGGAGUGUGGGAAGGGAUUCAGUUCCAACUCUCACCUUGUCAGCCACCAAUGCAUCCACACUGGGGAGAGGCCCUACGAGUGUGGGGAAUGUGGGAAGGGCUUCAGAUGGAGCUCCGACCUCAUCAUCCACCAACGCAUCCACACUGGGGAGAGGCCCUACGAGUGUCCCAAGUGUUGUAAGAGUUUUCAGACCAGCUCCAAUCUCCUUGUACACCAGCGCAUUCACAUGGAUGAGAAGCCCUUCUGCUGCCCUUACUGCAGGAAGGGCUUCAAGCGGAACUCCCACCUCAUCAGGCACCAGCGAAUCCACACCUGGGACAGGCCCUACAUAUGUCCCACUUGUGGGAAGAGGUUUCAGAGCAGCUCAAAUCUCCUCCUGCAUGAGCGGAUUCACACUGAGGAGAGGCGCUUCCUCUGCCCCGACUGUGGCAAGGGCUUCAAGCACAACUCCCAUCUUGUCAGCCACCAACGCAUCCACACUGGGGAGAGGCCAUACUUGUGUCCCCAGUGUGGGAAGAACUUCACCCGGAGCUCUCACUUGACCAAACACCAACAGAGCCACCAGUAA